AUGGCGGACCGCGAGAACGGCGCCUCGGGCGAUGCUCGAGCCAAAACGGACGGCAGCAGGAAGCGCUCGUCCCCGGACGACGGCCAGGAUGAUCUCCCGCAGCCCUACAACGCGAGCUCGCUGCAGGCGGCGAAGCGACGGCAGCUGUCACCGUCGGACCAGCCACGCAAGCAGAAGCGGCCUGGUGCCCGAGCCCGCUUCACCGAGGCCGAGCGGGAGGCCAUCCGCCAGCGCCAGCUCGAUCGUGACAGAGCGGCGGCGGCGGCCGAGGCCGCCUCGGUCGAGCAGAACCGGGUGCGAGGCGUGCACGACGUCGUUCGCCAGCACUACAACAGCGUCCCCGAGCGUGGCCGCGACUGGAGGACGCGCGACAGCAAGAUCAAGGGACUGCGCGUCUUCAACAACUGGAUCAAGAGCUGCAUCAUCCAACGCUACUCGCCCGACGAGGACCACGCGCCCGGCUCGCGCGAGCAGGGCCGCUCGACCGGCAAGGACCUGCUCGUCCUCGACAUGGGCUGCGGCAAGGGAGGCGACCUCAACAAGUGGCAGCUCGCGCCCCAGCCCAUCGAGCUCUAUGUCGGUCUCGACCCAGCCGACGUGAGCAUCGACCAGGCCCGCGACCGCUACAGGAGCCUGGCCUCGCGCGGCGGUCGAGGAGGCCGCGGCGGUGCGUACCGGCGACCGCCCCCGCGCCUCUUCGACGCCCGCUUCCACGUCAAGGACUGCUACGGCGAGUCGAUCGAGGACGUCGACAUCGUCCGCCAGGUCGGCUUCGACCCCUCGCCCAUGAACCGUCGCGGCUUCGACAUCGUCACCAUGAUGUUCUCCAUGCACUACGCCUUCGAGUCCGAGUCCAACGCGCGCACCAUGCUGCGCAACGUCGCCGGCGCCCUCAAGAAGGGCGGUCGCUUCAUCGGCUGCAUCCCCAACUCCGACGUCCUCGGCGAGCACGUCCGCAAGUUCAACGAGGCCCUCGCCGCCAAGAAGAGCAAGGGGACCGAGGCCGCCGCCGCCACUGACGGCGAGGUCGAGGAGGGCGAGGCGGAACCGACGGCCGAGUGGGGCAACUCCAUCUAUCGCGUACGCUUCCCCGGCAAGACGCCCGAGGACGGCGUCUUCCGGCCCGCCUUUGGCUGGAAGUACAACUACUUCCUCGACGAGGCCGUGGAGGAGGUGCCCGAGUACGUCGUGCCCUGGGAGGCCUUCCGCGCCCUCGCCGAGGACUUCAACCUCGAGCUGCAGUUUCACCGAACCUUUCACGAGAUCUGGGAGGCCGAGAAGGAUGACGCCGAGCUCGGUCCGCUGAGCGAGCGGAUGGGCGUGCGGGAGAGGGGCGGCGGGCCGCUGCUCGUGUCGGACGAGGAGAUGGAGGCCGCGAGCUUCUACGUCGGCUUCUGCUUCUACAAGGUCUAG